AUGGCAAAUCACCAGCUUCACACCCAUUCCCAUCAAGAAACCUUAAACUCCGUCUGCCACGGUACCCCAAGUCCCAACUACCACCUUCUUUCGAAGAGCUCCUCAAACCUGGCAGGCAUUGGGCGGACGGAUUUGGGGGGAAAGCCGAGCAGCAAGCCGGAGCUCCGGAAAAGCUUCAGCAGUUCUGCCUGCCAAGCCCAGACGAGGGAAACAGACGCCGGAAGCACACCUAUUUCCGAAUGGUCCUCGACCCACUCGGAAAUUGCAUCCACGGUCAGGACCGUGAGCAGCUUGUCUCCGAGCGACAGUGCCCAGAGCGGCCCCAAGAGCACCAACCACUUCCUGUCUGUCGACAACUCGUCAGAACCUAUGGAAAGAACGGAUGCGAGAAUGAAUGUUAAGAGUUUCGCUGCAAAGAACAUGUCUUCGGCAUGUGGGGUAAAUCCACAGCACAUGAGCACGAUGGAUGAACUGGGAGUCGCAGUCCAAAGAAGUCUUUCUGACUUGACAUGCCGCUGCAAGCAGAAGAGUCCUGUCCCCCACAUGGAAACGAGUGCCACGUACUCAGCUAUGAGUUCCAACAGUGGUUAUGGUGUUUCUGCGGGCAACUUGGCUUUCCAAAGACCAAGAUACAGAUCAAACGUGUAUGAAAAUGCCCCAGAUUUUCAAAGUCACCCGAUUCAGAUCCCAGGCUUGCCUAGAGACCAAAAUGUGCCUGGUAACAUCUUUGAUAACAUAUCGCAUGAUCAGGUUUUUGCAGAUCCUGGAACAUACAGCACAAAUGUCCUUGGGUCUCAUGCGCCCAGAGAUAACCUCUCAAACUCGGCAAUGUAUGCUCACGGCGGAAUCAUGUACAGUAACUUUUCCACUGGCGUGUACCCACCAGGCUUGGUGGCUAUUCAGAACAGCACUGCCCUGCCCUAUAAUAUAAGACGGGAGCCCGUGAUGAAGGUAGAGGGCACCGGUCCGGCCUACUGCCAUUCCUUGCCCAUACCUUCUCUUCAGUUCAUUCCAAGGUUAGUCUGUUCAGUUAGCGAAUCAGGAAAAGAACAAGUAAGCCCCGGAUAUUGUCCUUCUUUGUCUGCUACUGGGAUGGCGACCCUUCCUAAGCUGGUGUCAUCUGUUAGCGAAUCAGGUCUGGACGCCAAGCGAAUCUUGAGAUGCAGUAGCGUGCGCGGGGGACACGGGUCGCAAGCUCAGCCUUACGCCCAACAGGGUGGGCCCCAACAGGAAAGGAAGACAACUUAUGUGGUGUUGAACAGCUGCCAGGAUGGUACAGAAGUGGUCCUGAAAACGAAAGACACAUGGACCAUGACCUCGAUGAACGACAUGAUCCGAGGCUCACAGCUUCCUCUUGAGUGCAGAGACGCCGGAGUACAAACCAUCCCCACAAAGGAGUGUAAGUCCGUGGCCACAAGCCCCUCAGUUGUAGUGGAGGACCACCUCCCAGACUUGUACCCCCACGUGUACCCAGAGGUGAAUUUGGAAUCUGAGGCAGAAGGGGAAAAGUCUCCCGUGCGGGAAGUGAGAUGGGAUGCCGAAGGCAUGACAUGGGAAGUCUACGGGGCGGAAGUUGAUCCAGAAGUUCUCGGGCUGGCCAUUCAAAAACAUCUGGAGAUUCAGAUUGAACAGUUGCAGACAGAAAGCGGGAUGAUCUCUAGGAAAAGUACCGAUGACGUGUUGCCGGAUAAAGAUGAAAAGAGAAUGUCUUUCAGAACAAUGAUGUAUUGCCUCAGAAAUCCAAGUUGUUGUGCGCGUUCUAGCACAGUAGUGGAAUAA